AUGUCGCAACAAGUUCAGGCUCAGGCUGACGUUGGUUCUUUGAGCCUGACUGGCUUGGGGGCUUUUACCAAUCUGCUAGCUAUUCUCUCCGCCGACAACGUCAGCCCCAUAGCAAUGAUCCAGAUGAAGGAUCUCGGCUCUCUAUUUCAUGUCAACGGCCAUUAUGCCACCAGGGUUCCCGAGCUCCUCACACGAGCUUCCUCCCACCCGAUCGGCCGGUUGACACUGGCAGUAGGUUGGCGUCGUGGUGACUCAGUCUCGCUUCUUGCGGAGUCUGCCGGGGGCCAGGCCAUAUCGCUGCUGUCACUUUGUAUCACGAACAUAUACAAAGAAGAAGCUGUUGGGCAGAUUCUGUCGCAGCUCAGCUCCAGACUAUUAUCAAAGUCAUCUCCACGUGCUGGCGUGGUCCCCUUGGCUGAUGUUGCGACCUUGGUGGCAUCAAAAUUGAACAGAUUUGGGUUUGGCAAUGUCCUUGCAGAACAGACCAUGAGAGUACAAUCGGUUUUCGAGAAACUGGAAACCACUAUCCCGGACGGUCUUCUGGAGCUGCCUACUGUUGAAUCUAUCACGGAUGUUUUCGAAAGCCUAAGUCAUCUUCGGGGAGAUGAUACAGUUAUUAGAAUAUCCGGGUCACCCGGAAUUCUGUAUAUGCUAUCAAUAAUCAUUUUCAUGUUCCCGCAUGAUGCAAUAGUCACAGUUGA